AGAUUUCUAAUAUCCUCCUUUACACAUUCAUCCACACCUCUCUCUCUCUCUCUCUCUCUCUCUCUCUCUGUCUGGACCAAGCUAGGACUAGGAGUCACCGCCCUCUCUUUCCUACAUCUCAAAAUCUCAUAUUCCAGUUUCAAUUUGCAGAAAUUUGUUUUUCUACUUUAGACCCCUAAGUUCUGCUGUGAUUCUCUUUAUUAUUUCCCUUUUUCUUGAUGGGUAUAUUAAAUAAUUUAUACCCAAUAAAUACUAGCUACAACUUGGGUAGUUGCUUAAAUUUUCCAUUUUAAUUCAUUUUCUGUUUUCUUUCUCUUUAAAUUCGGUGGUUCUGUGGCCACAGAAAAACUCACCCACCAAUAGUCUCUCUGCACACCCGUCAUCAGUGUAUCAUUAAUUGGAUACACCACUUCAACCGUGCACACAAGAAUCUCUCCUUUUUAUGGACCAAGAAGUUAGUUACCUUAUCUAUAAACCUGUAGGAUCAAAAGUGGUGUAAAAUUUCUGUGCCUGCAGCCUGUGAAGUGUGGAUUUUUGUAGCGUCUAUUGGGGUUUGGAAUCUGGUCUGGUGAGUUUUCGGGAUUAGCAGCAGCAGCAGCAGAAGCAGAUAGUGUUAGAAUUGUGACGGCAACGGCCACACUCAACCAAAACAAUUAGCAGAAAAUAAUACCAAAAAAAAAAAAGGAGAGAAUAAUAUGGGAAUGGAGGGUUGUGGGGGAGAGAUUGUAGAAGUCCAAGGCGGCCACAUUGUUCGAUCCACCGGACGCAAAGACCGUCACAGCAAGAUUUACACCGCCAAAGGCCCCAGAGACCGCCGUGUCCGGUUGUCCGCCCACACUGCCAUCCAAUUCUAUGAUGUUCAAGACCGCCUCGGAUAUGAUAGACCCAGUAAAGCCGUGGACUGGCUCAUCAAGAAGGCCAAAUCUUCCAUUGACAAGCUCGUUGAGCUUCCACCUUGGCAUCCUAUCACUACUAGUAACCAUGCUGCCGAAGCUGAUGAUCCGUUUCGAUCAUCAAAUCCAAAUCCAAAUGGACCAAAUCCAAAUGAUAUGGUAAUUGCCGCAGCUGAGCAGCAAUCAGAGUCCUCCACCAGCUACAACUUUAACUUUGAGCUCCAAAGGCAAAGGCAAUCAGACAACGAUUCGAACUUCAACAUUCCGCCAUCUCUAGACUCAGACAACAUAGCUGACACCAUGAAGUCCUUCUUCCCCACAAACACUAGUAGCAACGCCGCCGCUGCUUCCUCCGUUGACGAUUUCCGUAGUUACCCAACCGAUCCCCAUCUAAUUUCAGCAACUACCCAAGACCUUGGCCUCUCUCUCCACUCUUUCCAAGACCAAGGCCUAAACAUUCAUCACAAUCACACUCACACUCAGCAGUCCUCUCAAGCCCUUUUCGCCGCCGCAGUGGGAACUGGAUUUGACUCCUCCAGUUAUCAGAGAAUGGUGGCAUGGAGCAAUGAAAACAGAGGACUUGAUGGGGGCUUUGUAUUCAACUCACACUCUCACUCAUAUUCUCAGCCUCAGCCUCACAAUCAUGGGGGUGAUGGGAAUCAUGGGAGUACCCUUCAGUCCAGUUUUACGCCAUCAGUUUCCACACGCGCUUGGCAGCAGCAGCACUCUUCAAUCUUUGGCACCCGCUUCGGCACCUCUGACGGCACCUCGCCUGUCUUCUGCAUUCAAGGUGAGGAGGCUGAGAAUGGUACUAUUUCAGAUCGACCGUCUUCCACUUCCUCUCUCAAUUCAACCCGCCAGCUUUGACAUCAUCCAUCUUCAUUUUCUACUAGAUUUUGCAGAUUCUACGUAGUUAAGAAAGAUUAAGUCCAACUGAAUGGUCUGCCGAGGAAAAGCAAAGAAAAGAACAGUAACUGGUUUGAGUUUCAAACAUUCUUUUCUUCUUUGUUUAUUUAGGUGGGGCAGAUUCGUUUGGCUCAGUUUUUUUUAUUUAUAUUAUGUUUUCGAAUACUUGUGGUAACCGUGACACAUGGUUAACGAGGAUGUUUCCGUACGUCAUGGUUAUGUUACUGCUUAUGAUCCUGUAGAAAUUCCCCUUUACUUUAAUUUGGUUCAACUGUUCUAUAACAGCAAAGUUGUUUCGUUCUUUUCUCGGUUUUUUUCCACAUCAAGGGAAGCACUAGUUAGUCAAUGGCUUGCUUCAUCCUCAUCUGUUGUGGAAACUGGAAACAAGCUUCCUUCCACAACCAACCUAAGUACAAUUUAUGUAAGUAAUACGUAUACAUCUACGUACAUACAUGGAGUAUUUGAUUUUUGUAAUCUUUCAAUGAAUUAUUAGCACUUGAA